AGUGAGAACACUGUGAAGGACUUCAUAUGACUUCAUCAGUCAUCACUCAUGUUGUGGACUUUCAAUAUUUUUCCGGCUUUCUUAUUUAUUUUGUAGGAAAAAUCGUUGAAUUAGGUCAUAUCAUCUCUCUUUCCUCAAUGUCAACGCAUGAAAUUGUCAACUAAGAAAGGCAAAAGUAGGUCUUUGAAUACCAACUGUAGAAGUAGAAGCAGAAAGCAGCGAGAAAUCUUAUCUUCCACCUUUUAAUCUUCAUCCCUGCGUAUUGGAUUUUUUUUAUUGAAUAUGCGUGUUGUUCUGGUAAUAUUAGCAUUCUGGUAAGAAUGUUAAUUAAAUUUUAGCAGCCCCGGAAUGUUCUAAUGGUGCUAUUGUGGACCCUUUUGAUCGCGAGUUUGUCUGCUAGAAUUCCAACACGGUUCGGGAAUUUAUGAGCACGAGAUACCGGAAUUCGAGACAGAUCAAUCGAGAAGGUAGAUGGCCCCUGCUCAAAACGUUGUUGUGUUGGCGAUGCUUCUUGCAGUGGUCUUUACAUCAUUAAAUGCUUCUCCUACUGAGGAUGAUUUUCUGCACUGCCAAAGAACUGUCAAGAGGUGGGCAACAUCAUCUCUUGAAACAAAGGUCAAAGAAGACAAACAUAAACUGCAGGACUUGCUCUUCUUUCUCCACAUCCCCAGAACAGGAGGACGUACAUAUUUCCAUUGCUUCUUAAGAAGACUAUACUAUAGUUCUUUGGAGUGCCCCCGUUCAUAUGAUAAGCUGCGCUUUGAUCCCAGCAAACCCAAUUGCAGAUUGAUGGUUACUCAUGAUGACUAUAGUGUUGUCUCCAAGCUUCCAAGGGGAAGUACUUCUGUGGUAACAAUACUAAGAAACCCACUUGAUCGUGUCUUUAGCACUUAUGAGUUUUCAGUGGAGGUUGCAGCUAGGUUUCUAGUGCAUCCUAACUUAACAUCUGCAACACAAAUGACUGGACGGAUACGACCAAAGAACAAGGGAGUAAGUACACUGGAUAUUUGGCCUUGGAAGUAUUUGGUUCCUUGGAUAAGAGAAGAUUUAUUUACUCGGAGAGAGAUCAGAAGCCAAGGUGGUUUUAGCAGCAUUGAUGAUAAUAAUGAUUCAUAUAAUAUGGAAAAGAUUGUUAUGCCAUUACAUCAAUUUAUCAAUGAUCCAAUAGCACAUGAUAUUGUCCACAAUGGAGCUACAUUACAGGUUGCAGGAUUGACAAAUAACUCUUAUUUUGCGGAAUCACAUGAAGUGCGUCAUUGUAUAAGUAAGUACAGGAGUCUUGGUGAAUAUGUGCUUGAAGUUGCAAAGAAGAGGUUAGAUGACAUGUUAUAUAUUGGGCUCACUGAAGACCACAGAGAAUCUGCAACAAUGUUUGCAAAUGUGGUUGGUGAACAGGUGCUUUCCCAGUUCCAUACAUUAAGUUCCAGCAUGGAGCAAUCAAACAACAAGUCUGAACUGAGCCCUUUAUUUCUAGAUCCUGAAGGUGAUGGGGGCCGUAUUCAGAAUACCACCAACAAACUAGAGGAAAGUGAAGUUUCAGCUGAAAAUGUUGAAGUAGCAAAAGAAAAUAUGACAGUUGCCAAACUGAUGGAAGCUUAUGAGGUUUGCAUUUCUAGUUUGCGAAAGGCCCAAUCACGCCGAAGGUUCUCUUCAUUGAAGAGAAUAUCCCCAGCAAAUUUUUCAAAGGAGGCACGUCGUCAGGUUCCUGAAGCAGUUCUCAAGCAAAUAAUGUCACUUAACAGUCUUGAUGUGGAGCUCUACAAGUAUGCCCAAGGCAUCUUUUUUCAGCAACAGAAAGAUCUCAUGGAGAAGGAGAGGCAGAAGAGUGCGCUUAGCAGUUCACAUGCAGCCCAAUGGAAGAUUUCGUUAUUAGUUGUAACAGUAUUACUGUUCCUUGUUAUCAUCUUUCUGCUUGUAAGUGCAAGAAGAAGAACUUCAAAACUCAAAAUAUGAAUGUAAUCUAAUGAGAAAAUGUAGGGAUACACAACACAAUUUUGCCGCGAAUACAUGGAAGGGACCAGCUUGAGACCCUGUCCCGGAUCUGCUACCAUGGGCAAUGCAAUCCCUCAAUGUAGCUUAGACAGCCAAGAGUAGCUUUGACGUUAUAUGACUGUUUGAUUACAUGGAACAAGAAGCAUUGUUCUUUCCAGGUGUCUUCACCAAAUUCCACCAUUUUUCAUUACUUUUUUGUUUGUUUUACACUUUUACGUUCUACUUUUCCUUGAUUGGAAUUAUGAGAUAAAUCUAUGGUUUUGAAGAUUGGCAUGGGCUCUAGGGGAAUAUGCUAUCUCCUGUAGGUUCCACUCAUGCUAGAUGCUUAUAAUUACUUGUAUUAUUGACAUAAUCUGCUGCUACAAUUGUUUACAUGGUACGCCACCCGUUGGAUGGGGUAAUGGAUCUGAACCACCUAACGGUGAAAGAAUGAA